GUCAGAGGGCCUGAGCCGCAAGCCAGUCUGUAAGAGAGCCUGGGAGGUGUAGCACCUCAGAACAUGGCCACGGACCCCUACGCUUACCACAAGGGCUUAGAUCUGCCUCUCCUGACCAGCCACCGAGCACAAAGCCCUCACCAGCAGGGCGUCCCAGAUCUUGAGAGACCAUUCAGAAAAGCCAAAGGAAAGAAAAGCAGAGACAGUCGCGCCCAAACGGAGGACACAGGGAAGGCAGCGCAGCAGAUCUCGCCGGAUCAGAUUACAGGGUUGCAAAAUGAGCUGACCAAAAGUGGGAGCCUGAAGAACAUGAGCCACCACGAGGAUUUCUGCAAGCUGGUUCAGGAGGAAGCUCUUGGCGUGGGAAUUAAAGAAAAGCUCCAGAAGAUAAGAUUUAAGUUGAUGAAUCCCAGGCCCUGGCCGCCAGCUGCUGAAACCAGGAUGCUGGACAGCACUGAUCAAGACCGAGGAAGCUGCCAGGGGGCCCAGAGCCUUCUCUCUCGACUUACAGAAUGGAGAAAACGGUGCCAACAGCGUGCAGUGGCCCCGAGACUGCCCCACGAACAGGGGGAGAGCAAGAGUGUGUCUAAGACAAGGACGGAUUCCCAGAGCAAGAGAUAUCUCAGUCGGUUGGAUCAGAUGCAUUCCGCCUCCCUGGCUAACAUGGAAUUCUCCAGAAGACUGCUGGAGAGAGAAGGCCGCCUUGCAGACCUGCUCGCCGAGCACAGGGCUAGAGGCCUGCUGGAUUACAUGGUCCCAAGCAGGCACACACAGGCAGAUGCUCCACCCGGAGAAAUGGAGGCGGAGGACCCCCCGGUCCCUGGCCAGCAACUUCAAGCACCACCUGCCCUCCGAUUCCUCAAGUGCCACAGCUCAGAGAGUCUGCAGAGAAGUUCCCGCUUGAAGACAGGAAGACAGCAAGUGACCCUGUGUGGCAUGAGCAAGCUUUCAGAUCAUGUGAGGGGCAAGCUUGCUCCUGCCGGGAUCACCACAACAGACCCCAGGCCGACAGCACCCCUGACCCUGGAACACGUGAUCCAGACCUGUCCUGUGGUGGAGGCUAAGACUGCACGUCGAUACUGGGUGAACUAUGCGGACGAAGAAUAA